GUGGGGCUACUUUGGCAUCCCAGGCUCACUGGCCAUUGGUGACAACUCCUAUGCACCCAGGUUAACCAAGAAGCCAGUGGCCGAUGAUGCCGAUGAGAACACCACACGGAACAUCCAGUCCUGUCCGACCAAGAAAGGUACCACACCAGAUGUCUACUUCAAGUUCGAAACUCCUUUAGCCAUUGGAGAUCCGUUCGUCGAUCCGGGCGAUGCCAUGAAGAAGGGCAAGGUCUGGAUGUUGGACGCUGAUGCAAGCUUCAAACCACCUGGCAAGGUGAAGCAAAGUAUCAACAAGCUUGGUUAUGAGUACGUGGAGCAUUGUGACCAAGUGAAGGAUCCCAAGGAGAUCAAAGACAAGUACUCAGACUAUAUCCCACCUCGCAACAUCCUGGGCGGUGCGUCCAAACGAGGUGGCCCCGGCGUGCUCACUGGCGGUGUUCUCUUUGGCUUUGGGGAGCCUGGAGCUUUCCCGGAACACAUCCCCGACGACUACGAUGCUGCCAGGAAGCAGCGCAAGAAAGAGCUGGAAGAGCAUCACAGCAAGAUCCAGGAGCAAUCCUUCAAAGGCUUGGACUAUGGCAAUCGCUAUUUCCAAAGCAACGAGGAGGCCUUUGGAGGCUUCGAGGGCGUCCCCACGCACGUGCCGCGCGACCCGCCGCCGGACAAGACGGCCAAGUAUCCUCAUGAGUCGCCUUUCCGGCCGCCCAACCCCAUGAAGCGCGACGCAGUGGGAUGCCUCAUGGGCGGCAUCCCAGAGCCCCUCAGACUGGAAGACGGGAGAAGAAGGGCUUUUAUUGCGGAGGAAGGGUUUUGA